AUGUCUAAAACCAAACAUUGCGAGGCGGUCAGGGUGGUGGUCCGCUGCCGGCCAUUCAGCAGGAGAGAGGCGACAGUGGGCUGUGAAAACAUUCUGCAGAUUGAUGACAGACUGGGACAGAUCACCCUCAAGAACCCGAAGGCACCACCUGAUGAGCCAAGGAAAGUAUUCACGUUUGAUUCUGUGUAUGGCUUGGAUUCAAAACAAAGAGACAUUUAUGAUGACGCCGUGAGACCUCUCGUGGAGUCCGUGCUCCAAGGCUUCAACGGGACUAUAUUUGCGUAUGGACAAACGGGGACAGGUAAAACACACACCAUGCAAGGGGUUUCAAACGACCCAGAGAUGAGAGGUGUUAUACCAAAUUCAUUUCAGCACAUCUUUACACAAAUAUCCAGAACUCAGAAUCAGAAAUACCUGGUGAGGUCAUCAUACCUGGAGAUCUACCAGGAGGAAAUCCGAGAUCUGCUGUGCAAAGACAACAACAGGAAACUGGAGCUUAAAGAAAACCCUGACUUUGGUGUUUAUGUGAAAGAUCUGUCCUCGGUGGUCACAAAGAAUGCCACUGAGAUUGAACAUGUGAUGAACAUAGGCAACCAGUCCAGGGCUGUGGGGUUCACGAACAUGAAUGAACGCAGCUCUCGGUCUCAUGCCAUUUUUGUCAUAACCGUGGAGUGUAGUGAACUAGGGCCAGAUGGCGAGGACCACAUCCGUGUUGGGAAGCUCAACAUGGUUGACCUGGCUGGCAGCGAGCGCCAGAGCAAGACGGGCGCGAAAGGAAAGCGACUUAAGGAAGCAGCCAAAAUCAACCUGUCCCUCUCAGCACUGGGGAAUGUCAUCUCAGCCCUGGUGAAUGGGAAGAGCACCCACGUCCCUUACAGAGACUCCAAACUGACCCGCUUGCUCCAGGACUCACUGGGUGGCAACGCAAAGACGGUCAUGAUAGCAACAGUGGGGCCAUCGCACAAGAACUUUGAGGAAUCCCUGUCCACUCUGAGGUACGCCAGCCGGGCCAAGAACAUCAAGAACAAACCUCGGAUUAAUGAGGAUCCCAAAGAUGCCCUGCUGAGGGAGUUUCAGGAGGAGAUUGCACGCUUGAAAGCCCAGCUAGAGGAGCGAGGGAUGCUGGCAAAGGAGAGGAGGAAGAGAAGGAACAGCAAAAGGCUGAGUAAAAGUAUGGCUGGCAUGGAAGAGGAGAUGUUCAGAGAGAGGGAGGCGGAUGUGUGGAAGGCUUUCGAGGAGGAACCAGAGGUGAGACUUCGUAUGAAAGAUGGAAGCGAUAUCCCCAAGGCCCUGACCUGCCAGGGGAGCGGGGAGAAGUUAAAGCACCUGAUUGAAAACAGAAAAAGUAUACAGGACAUGCAGUGGGAUCAAGAUGCUUUGGAGAAGAUAAUUGAGAAAUAUAAGGCUAUGGAGAGCAAACUGUUAGUGGGAGGAAAGACUAUAAUUGAUCACACCAAUGAACAGCAAAAAAUGCUGGAGCUGAAGAGGCAAGAAAUUGCAGAGCAGAUAAGAGGAGAGAGAGAGAUCCAGCAGCAGAUGAUGUUGCAGGACGAGGAGACCUUAGAAAUGAGAGAGACGUUCUCCUCCCUGCAGCAGGAGGUGGAACACAAGACAAAAAAGCUGAAGAGGUUGUAUGCCAAACUCCAGUUGGUGAAGGCAGAGAUGACAGAUGUCAUUGAUGAACAUGUCCUAAUCAGACAGGAGCUGGAACAGACACAAACUGAACUCACCAGAGAACUCAAGUACAAAUAUCUCUUGAUUGAGAACUUUAUACCUCCAGAGGAAAAGAACAAGAUCAUGAACAGGCUGCACUUUGACAGUGAGGAGGAUCAGUGGAGACUCCAGCCGGUCAUUCCAUCGGAGAGUGCACCCACUCAGGUCACAAGAAGGCCUCUCUCAGCUGUGGGAUACAAGAGGCCAAUCAGCCAAUACGCACAGAUUGCUGUUUCCAAGGCAACUGGGGCCCCAUCUAGAUACCAGGCUGAGAAUAUAAUGCUGUUGGAGUUGGACAUGUCUCCACCGACCAUGUUCAACUUGUCCCUUAAUGGCGCUCACCUGGAGAGAGCCUUUUCUCCAAGGCUGAUGCAGGAUCUUCUGGUAUCAGGCACCGCAAGCAGGAUCCAUUGCAUCAUCCUCAUCAUCCACCACUCUGACAUCAGGAUCUCAGAGUUUCUCUCCCUCUCAGAGACAAAGACCAUCCUCUGCUGCCUAUCUUCCACUGGGAGGUCCAAUUCAGUCAAGCCCCUGAUAUGUGUCAACACAACUGAUUUUGCUGACAAAAGGAGAGCAAAGGUUGAACUGUCAGCUCUGAGCAAGGUGUGA